AAAACAAAAGUUACGGAAGAAUAAGUGUGAUUUUGAUCAGACAUGAAGAUUUUGUGGUUUAUUUGUUUGGCCUGGUGUAGCAGGCUAGGUACUGGAUUCGACCUCGGACCGAUCGUGAGAACUGCUCAGUGCAGAUCGCAAUGUUUGAAGCAGCACACCGCCGACGGGUCCUGCGACAACUUGUGGGACACGGGAUACCAGCAGCCACACGCUUGUCGAAUGUGCCCGGCCUGCCAGACAGCCUGCAGCUAUCGGAAGACUAGGGUAGAGGAAAAGUAUUUGCCGUCGAUGUUGCCAGCGCCGGAGAAGGCACCGGUCGUCUUGGACGUGUUCGACGUGGCGGUGAUGAUGCGCAACGUUCGCGAACAAUGGAGGAUAGUUGGAUACUUCCCGGGCGAGAGGACGCCGGAGCUGAGGCAAGAUACGUGGAUCAUAGUGGCGACGGAGGAGGGCAUGAUGAAGCACUACAGUUGGCAAGAGUGGGUGCCAAAGUUGGAGUCUUUGAGAAAAGGUGCUCGUUUCUACGAGGCGAGCAUCUCGUGGAAGGACGUCGACACGCAGAUCCGGAGGCAAAAGUCUGUGGAAGAGGCCAGAGCCAACGACCGGCUGAGGCAGGUCUUUCUGGAGAACUACGGCGAGAAGGUUCUGGCCGAGUGGAAGAGCCAAGAGUUCAUACGAAUCUCGAAAGAGGUGUUCCGAAGAUUCUUCUUCCGUGGGGAGGACGAUUUCGAGGUGGACAACGCGCCUCCCAAGGUUUACAGGAGCCGACAGGAGGCGACUCGAGCCGCGGCGAAUCGUAAGAAGCAGUCGUACGUGGUCUCCUGGGAACCAGAGACGGGAGGUCUUAUGGGCAAUCAAGUGACAGACUCGAAUUCCGCGCAGAUUUCUCUGUUGCCUGGGACGAAAUACCUCGUGAGGAUCGCUUCGAACGACGGGCCUGGCAGCUUCCCCAUCGAAGUGGACACCAGGCCUAGUUCCGAGGAGGCUAGCAGGAUACAGCGAGAACUAUUCCCUUGGGACAUGUACGUGGCUUGCGUUUCUAUUCUGCUUCUCGUGGUAUCUCUCGGCCUGGCAAUGCUCUACGGAAAGAGCAAAACCGUCCAGUGUGAACGAGUCUGAAAACAGACCAAUCCGUCUCUCUUCUUUUCUUUCUCGGAGAACGUUGACAAAAAACGCGAACAAACUCAGGGACGUGUUUUUGCAUCGACACGAGAUCCAAUACCCGAUAUCGUUCGACGAUCGACCGUGUUGUAAAUUUCCCUCUCUAUACAGGUGUGAGAUUGAUUUGAUUGCUUGGAAAAGAGGGAAAGAAGAAAAGAAAAGAACGAAACCAAACCGAGUCAAAUGUUGUCUUGAAGUAGCGUGUGUGUACUCUUUGUAAGAGUUGCGAUACCGCGUCGUUGUAAAUGUCGACGAGGAAAUGUACAAAAGAUCAAAGCUAUUUUUCUACAUGUAACAUGAUACCAAUUGAACGAUUCCUUGCUCAACGCGCAACAAACAGACUGUAAGAAAAGUUCCUAUCGACGAGAAAUAAAAAAUUGGCGCCGUUUGAGGUGUCGAUCUCUCUGUAUUUAUUUGUGUACAUACACGCAC